AUGGAAGACGAAUCUGAAAAUUCAUCAACGAAUCAGAAGGGUUCUUUUAACAGACAUCAGCGAAUCCACACUGGUGAAAAGCCUUAUAGAUGUGAUCAGUGUGAGAAGAGAUUCAAAGAUUCCUCAAAUCUGAAGCGUCAUCAGCGAAUCCACACUGGUGAAAAGCUCUAUCUCUGUGACCAGUGUGGAAAGGCUUUCAGUCAGAAGGGUUCUUUUAACAACCAUCAGCGAAUCCACACUGGUGAAAAGCCUUAUAGAUGUGAUCAGUGUGAGAAGAGAUUCAAAGAUUCCUCAAAUCUGAAGCGUCAUCAGCGAAUCCACACUGGUGAAAAGCGCUAUCUCUGUGACCAGUGUGGAAAGGCUUUCAUUCGGAAGGGUUCUUUUAACAGCCAUCAGCGAAUCCACACUGGUGAAAAGCCUUUUAGAUGUGAUCAGUGUGAGAAGAGAUUCAAACGUUCCUCAAAUCUGAAGUGUCAUCAGCGAAUCCACACUGGUGAAAAGCCUUAUAGAUGUGAUCAGUGUGAGAAGAGAUUCAAAGGUUCCUCAAAUCUGAAGUGUCAUCAGCGAAUCCACACUGGUGAAAAGUCCUGAUCCACAUAAGACAGCAGCAACAUCUGGAAUGUGAGGGAAUUUCUUUCUCUCUUCCUUUCUUCUAUCGCUAUGGCGACAACAGUCGAUGCUGUCAGUAACAUUUAUAUCAAUAAUAAUAACAAGCAUGCAAACAAA